AGCAUCAAUGUUUGAAUCAGCUGUGAAACCAUAUUUUGUUUAGUUUCUGUAGUAAUAACAAACACGUGUAAAUUAUAAUUUUACAGAUUAAUUUAUCAUUAAAAACUAUUGCUGAUAUCAAUUCAUAAAAAAAUAAAAAGGUGGUAAAAAAAUGGAUACACAUGAUAUAUUUCUUCAGCUUACAAGAGGAGCACGGUUUAAUUCGAAGCCUCGGAACGCAAUAAAAGCGAAGGAAAUACACACCACCGAACAAAAAGAAUGUAUGGUGUUAAACCCCAAAAUUAGCACCAAAGAUGUAAAUACUGAGAAGGGUGCACAAAAUGAUGGUUUUAGUUCGGAGGAGGAAGAACAUACUUUUACCUACAUAGCUUCGAUGGAUGCAGAAGAUCAAAAACCCAGAUCCAAAAAACCUAAAAAAGUAGUUACACCAGAAGAAAAAGAAGCGAAACUAUUUGAAGAAAUGGUACUACAAUUGCGUAAAGAAAAUUUAAUUUCUGUACGUGGUAAAAAUAUUCCUCCACCAGUUACAACGUUUGAAGAACUUAAAAAUGAGUAUAGACUUUCAGACCGACUUCUACAAAAUCUCGCUUCUGCUACCUACUCCAAACCUACACCCAUACAAAUGCAAGCAAUGCCUUUGUUAUUACAAGGGCGAAACGUUAUGGCAUCGGCCCCGACUGGUUCUGGUAAAACCAUAGCCUUUCUAACUCCUCUGAUCAAUGAUUUAAAUAAACCGAGUAAAGUUGGAUAUCGUGCAGUAAUCUUAGCGCCUACACGUGAAUUGGCAGCACAAAUUUAUAGAGAAUGUGUGCAGUUGGCGCAGCAGACGGCAUUAAAAAUACAUUUUCAAACAAAAGCAAAUAAUAAUAACGCUACUACUGGUCAUGCUAACAAGAAGUACGAUAUUCUUAUAUCCACACCGAAUCGAGUACGUUUUUUGUUAGAGCAGGAGCCACCAGCUUUACGCUUAGCUGAAGUUGAAUGGUUGAUUAUUGACGAAGCAGAUCGUUUAAUGGAAGAAGGUGUAAACAACUUCAAGGAUCAAGUUGAUGCGAUUUUAGCUGCCUGUACAAAUAAAAAAAGAAAACUUGCACUCUUCAGUGCAACUUACACCGUUCCGGUGGCUAAAUGGGCUAUUAAAAAUCUAACCAAUUUGGCACGUGUAAUUAUUGGCCACGAAAAUAGCGCAACAGAUUCGGUAGAACAAGAGUUGCUAUUUGUUGGUUCCGAGAGCGGAAAGUUAUUAGCAAUAAGAGAUAUGGUGCGUAAAGGAUUAAAACCACCAGUUUUGGUAUUUGUACAAAGCAAGGAGCGUGCAAAGGAGCUGUUCCAAGAGUUACUCUACGAUGGCAUCAAUGUUGAUCUCAUACAUGCAGAUCGGUCACAACAACAACGUGACAAUUGUGUACGCGCGUUCCGAGAAGGCCAUAUUUGGGUACUAAUUUGUACUGAACUAAUGGGACGUGGUAUUGAUUUUAAAGGAGUUAAUCUUGUAAUCAAUUAUGAUUUUCCGCCAUCCGUUAUUUCCUAUAUACAUCGUAUUGGUCGUACGGGUAGAGCUGGCAGAAAUGGCAAAGCCAUAACAUUCUUUACUCAAAAUGAUACACCAAAUUUGAAGAGUAUUGCCCGAAUCAUCAAAGAUUCGAAUGGAAAAGUACCAGAUUUUAUAAUGGGCAUGAAAAACCCACGGAAGACGGAGAGAAAAUGGCUAGAGAAUCAUGCGCCAAAACGUGAAGGCAUUUCAACUCGAAUUUCAAAGAAUGUCGAACAAGUGAAAGACAGCGACGUGAAAAGUGAGAGUAAACCAAUUACGAAAAAACGACAUUUAAAUGUAGAUAUCGAUAAAAAGACCAACAAAGCGCAACACAAAAAAAUGAAACUUAAAAAACAAUAACACUACUUUUAAUUUAUUUAAAAUAUUAAAUAAAAUA